AUGAAGAGGGAGUUCUCUUCCCUCCAAAAGACUAACAAAGGCUUACAAUCAAAGAUGAAAAAAUUGGAGGACCAAGCCGAGGCUGCAGUCAAAGCUCAGAACAAUGUUGAAGAGAAGGCUGAGGCUGCUAAGGCUAUUAGAAAAGUGGUUGAAUCUCAGAAGAGAGAAGCCGAGGAAAGAAUGGCCCAGGCUGAAAAGGAGCUUCAGGAGGCCCUGGCCACUAAGGACGCCGAAAUAAAAGAAACUGAUGAAAAGGCGUAUACUCAAGGCAUGACCGACGUUACUGAGGCCUAUGAACUUCAAGUGAAACAGGACUCACCAUUGAGGAAAGCCGAUGCCAUCCCUCUUCCAUUCCCUCCAGCUCAAUCUUCAAGUCAAGACAUCGGCAAAUCUGAGUCUGAAGAUGGUGAUGAGGAAGAGGACGAUGCCUUGGUGAGAAAAGGGAAAAAAGAGGCUACUGUGUCCAAAUCCCUUCCUUCAACUGAGCAAGUCCUGGACUUGACUCAAGAUGGAGAGGGCGAUGGAGUUGUCAAGGAAACUACCCCGGAGCAGGCAUCCUCCGAUGUUCCUGUAGCCGAAAAAAGCAUUGAUGAAACCCUUGCCCAGAUUGAUGCCGAGAUCGCGGCGGAGAAGGCGGCCGAGGUAGCUCUUUCAGAUCCUUCCGAGGUCCAAACCCAAGUUGCUGUUGAUGCUGAUGAAGCUUAA